AAAAAAAAACAGAUCUGAGGUUAAGAGAGAUUAUUGGAAUCUUCGCCCGCCAGAGGAGAGCUGCUCAAUUCGAUUGCUGUUGUUAAGGUAUGUCAUCUAGAAAUCUGAAGAUGAGGAGAAGAAGAGAGCUUCCGUUUGAAUUAGUGGUGGAAAUACUCACUAGGGUUCCUGUUAAGGAUUUAAUGAGGUUUAGAUGUGUCUGCAAAAGUUGGCGAUCUUUGUUCAAAGAAGAGAGGUUUUGUAGACAGCACAUGACCCGUGCCCCAACGAGGAUCGUGUCCUUCCAUUUUGAGGAUACUCUACUACUUGGUCGUUUUUCUGAAAGUGCCAAGCCUGAGAUGAUGAUACUCGAAGAGGUUAGCGUAAACGUCGGAGAUGACAGUAGUUUGCUUAACGAUACUACUGUAGUACUUGGUCACUGCCAUGGACUGUUUUGCUUAUAUUUUGAAAAUAACACUUUUGGUCUUUGGAACCCUUCAUUGAGAGAAUUAAGAACAAUACACCCACCUUAUCGCUACAACUGGUAUGAGAUGGGUUUUGGGUAUGACCACUCAAGUCAAGAUUACAAGAUUGUGUUGGUUCUAAAAAUGCAAGGCAGACGCAGCCGCUCCUCUCAAGCACUUGUGUUAUCCUUAAAGUCAGGUGUGUCUCGGAUGAUUAAUUGCCUGUGUUUGGAAAACUUUGACAUGAUCCACGAUACAAUUUCUGGAACCCUGGUUGGUGAAACUAUCUACUGGCAGCUAUGUGAUGAUAAUGUAAAAGUAACUGAUAAGCUUUUGAGCUUUGAUUUGGUGUCUGAGACAUUCAACUUGUGCCCAUGUCCGAGUAAUUGUGGUAAAGGACUUCCUCAGGUUAUAGCGGGAUUGAGAGGAGGUGGUCUAUGUAUAGUAGGGGUUGACGACAUGUCUGGUGGUUUAAUCGUUUGGUCUGCCCAACAUGAUGGUGGUGGUGGUAUCAAAUCCUGGAGCAAGAUUUGCAAUCUCUCGCUUGGCAUUCUUGAAAUCUCGGCUAGUUGUCGUAUCGAUGAUAAGAUCUGGCUAUCCUCUGCGGUAACUUAUGCAGGAUUGCUAUUAGCUCUUGUAAAAUUUGGGAGAGAAUCAAAAUUGCUUUCCUACAACUUAGAGGAGAAAAGUUUGACAAAUGUUGAGACUAGUUUGUCCCUCUCUACCUGUGAUUUUCUUGAGACGUAUGUUGAAACGCUUGUCCCCGUCCCUAUUCCUGAAUGGAAGCUUUAAAGGUUAUUCAGCCUCCUUUACGUGGUUUUGUUUUUAUCUAUCUGCAGCAAGCAAGACACAUCUCAUCAUUUGUUCGUUUGUCUUUUUACAUGGAUAUUUUAGUUUUCUACUUCAUUCGCUAAUUAAGGAUAGUUUCUGGAAUUUUGUAUUUUUAUUUAUGAAAAACGAUUGAAUGUUGAAAUGCUUGCUUGUUGAAGCAGAAUCCUGAUUGAAGCUAAAUAGAAUGUUUAGCUACUGUUAAAAGGUUGAUCGAUUGAUUAUAGUUUUUGGCUUGGAAAGUGUUUUCUCCAAAGUACCUGAUCUGAAUC